AUGAAAGAAACAGAAGAAGAUCUAUUUUGUUCUUUGAAACAUAAGCUUCCAGUCUUAAUGAUUGCUUGUGAUAAAGAUCUCAAGAAGAAUUAAAGACUUUUGUGCUCUCUAUGCAUGGAAAAUUUAGAAUCGAAAACUCCAUUAAUGAGUUUUAAGAAAGCACUAGAAAAUAUUUAAGAUUCUUUAAUUGGAAAUUCAAAUGAAUGGAUCAAGCAAGUUUAGAUAUGUGGACAAACAAAUGUUACAUAUAGCUUCUUAGAUGAAACAGAAAAACUAAUUACUCAAACAAAACUUGAGUAAAUGACUUAGCAUUCCAUAAUUGAUCAAAUUAAUUAAAUUAAAUUAACUAAUCAUGGAAUCAAAAGAUUAUUAAAAAAUUAAAUUUAUUUGACUCAUUUUAAGAAACAAAGGAUUGCAAAGAACUAUUAAGAAGUUUUGAAGAUGACAAUUAAAUAAAAGAGAAGAAAAGAUUGA